AUGUAUUCAUUUGUUCUUUGUUUACUUGCCGCAGUUCAAGCUGCGUCUGCAUCCGCUACUCAGACAUGCAAGACACUCGAUGCCAAACUCCCCGGCCGUGUUUCUUACCCAGACAGCACCGCAUACAAUGCUUCCAUCUCGUCGUAUUACAGCGGCCAGGAACGAGACCUGAACCCCGGUUGCAUAUUCAGGCCUACCAGUACCGCUGAGGUCUCUCAGUUCAUCAAGCUAGUGACCUCAAGCGGGAACACUCAGUUCGCUGUGCGAGGUGGUGGCCACACCCUCUGGCCCGGUGCCGCCAAUGUCAAAGGCGGCAUCACUGUCGAUAUGCGUGCGAUGAACAAUUUGACGUUGAGCAAAGAUCACAAGAUUGCUCAUCUCGGAGCUGGAGCUGUCUUUAGUGAUAUCUAUCCCCAGCUUGUGCCCUAUAACUUGACUGUUAUGGGAGGUCGAGUUCCAGGCAUUGGAGCAGGAGGCUUCGUCACUGGAGGUGGUAUCACGUUUCUAUCUCGUCGAAACGGCUUCAGCUGUGACAACGUCUAUGGCUAUGAAGUUGUUCUCGCGAGCGGAAAAGUCGUGUAUGCCACACAGAGUUCUAAUUCCGACCUUUGGCUUGCCCUGAAGGGCGGAUCAAACAACUUUGGCAUCAUCACUCGCUUUGACCUUGCUGCUUUUCCGAUGGGCAACAUGUGGUACAGCGACCUUAGCUACAACUACACGGACAGUAUAUUGUCGGCCAAUGCCAAGGCCUUCAGCAAUUUCAUGAAGCCUGCCAACUACGACAGCGCCGCCAUGAUGGGACAGUUCGUGUACUACACGAACCAAGGGUUCGGCGUGUCUAAUGCCAUGUGGUAUAUCGAGGAUGUUGCCAGUCCAAAAGUUUACGAUGCCUUUACCAAAAUCCCUAACCUGGGCGGCGUGUCGGAGCUUGCCACUGUUGACCAAGUCGUGAAUAACUUCGGGGAGAAUCUUCCAGUAACCACCGGCCGAUCCUAUCAACUCACCUUUACGUUCAACAACCCUCCUGCUGCCGUCUACCUGCAGCUGAUCAAGAUUUGGGAGAAGCGUAUUACGGCACUCUCAAAGGUCGAGGGACUCUUCAUCGAGUUCCUCUUCCAGCCUCAGCCUGUCACCAAUGGCACCAACAUGUUUGGUCUGACCCCUGGAAAGACUGAUUACGUGCUCAUCGACAUGACGGCCGCCUACGACAACGCAUCCGACGACGCCCUGGUUGAGUCUGUUAUCAACGACAUUGUGAAGCAGCAGCGUGCACUGUUGAAGUCGAGCAAAUACCUUGUCGACUUUAUCUACCUCAACUACGCCGACAUCUCGCAAAACGUGCUCAGCACCUGGGGUGCCAGCAAUCUCGCAAAGCUGCAGGCUGUCAGCAAGAAGUACGAUCCCAAGGGCGUGUUCCAAACUAGAUCUCCUGGCGGGUAUAAGCUGUUCAAGAAAUGA